UACGUUCGUUACAAGAUAUACUUUUUGAUGCUCUUCUUUUUAACGUGCGUCCCUCCUGCUUCCUUGUAAUUAAAGCGAUAAAAAACUUGUAUUUGAUGGUCAUAGCUGAGGCUCUUUUUUCAACUGUUGAGUGAAUACAUCGUCAACAGGGCACCAUGGCCACGCCUUCCAGCCAUCGACCCCGUUGCUUCUUUGAUGUCAGCUUAGGGGGCAUUGGAGGAGGAAGGAUAAUUUUUGAGCUUUUCUCUGACAUCUGCCCAAUCACCAGUGAGAAUUUCAGAGCACUCUGCACUGGUGAAAAAGGUAUGGGGAAGACGACCAACAAACCGCUUCACUACCAGGGUAGUUCCUUCCAUCGUAUCGUCAAGGAUUUCAUGAUACAAGGAGGUGAUUUCAGUGCAGGGACAGGCACUGGUGGAGAAUCUAUCUAUGGCGGAACAUUUGCAGAUGAGAAUUUUGAGUUGAAGCACGACCGCCCCUAUUUGUUGUCGAUGGCCAAUCGAGGAAAGGAUACCAAUGGUUCUCAGUUCUUCUUAACGACCAAGCCAGCUCCUCAUUUAGAUGGUGUCCAUGUUGUGUUUGGGUCAGUGUUGCAAGGUCAAGAUGUUGUUAGCCAGGUAGAGAACACAAGGACUGAUGCCAAGAACAGACCACUGACUGAUAUCAGGAUCACUAACUGCGGAGAACUUGUGCUAAAAGUCAAACCAAAAGAAUCUAAAAAGAAGAAGCAAGCAGCGAGUGAUGGAUCUGAUUCAGCGUCUUCUGAGGAUUCCUCAGACGAUGACAGUUCCACUACAACCACCGACUCCUCGGAGACGGACAGCGAGGAAGAACGAAGGAAGAGAAAGAAGUAUCGAAGGAAGCUCAGGGAAGCCAAACGCAGGAAGAAAGAAAAGAAAAAGAAAAAGAAAGCAAAGAAGAUGAAGAAGGAAGAUGAAGUAGUGUGGGAGACCAAGGAAGUCAAGAGUGAGCUUUCUCAUGUGACCAUCAACCCUGAGGAGAUCCCAGAGAUUCCAACCAAUAGGUUUCUCAUGCGCAGUAUGCCAGAGAAAGAAAAAGAAGAGAGUAACCAGCAACUUCAGCACCAGAGAUCAGUUGAUGCCUUUGGACGUAAGAUUAAAGGGAGAGGUCAAGUGCGAUAUCGAAUGGGUAAUCCUCCCCACUGGCGAGCAGAGAACCGUAACAAACGAGAGAUGGGACAGGGGGAUUCCCCCGCCCGUUGGGAGAUGGGCGGGGCACUGAGGGAGGCCAAAGCCAAAAAGAGAAAGGAGAGGGCGAGAGAGGAUGAUUACAAAGGAAGAGACAGAUACAGGAGACACGAGAGAGACCGUGACGUUGACUCUGAGAUGGAGGAAGGAGAGGUGGUGUCACAAGAUUCCUGGGAAUCUAAGAAGAAAAAACAUAAAUCAAAGAAGCACAAGUCUCACAAGAAGCAUGAGAGUAAGAAGAAAGACAGACAUAAGAAGAAGUCAUCAUCGUCAUCCAGACAUCGUACUUCAAGCAAACAUCAUUCUUACUCAGAAGAAGAGGAGGAGGACAGAGAUUAUCCAGAACGACGUUCAUACUCACGUUCACCCGACAGUCGUUCCCGCUCCAGGUCUCACACCCCAGACUCGCGGGACAGAAGCCGGAGUAGGACUAGAAGCAGCAGUAGGGGAAGAAGCAGGAGUCGGAGCAGCAGUAGGGGCAGAAGACGUAGCAGAAGAAGUCGCAGUAGAAGCCGCAGCAGAGGUCGGAGCAGAAGUUCGAGUAGAAGUCGCAGUAGAGGCAGAAGGAGAAGCAGGAGUAGAAGUAGGGAUAGAGGCAGAGGUAGGAAGGAACGAGAGGGCCACAAUGAGUCUUCACAUUCUUUCUUGGAAUCAAGAUUCUCGAAAUCAUCACGAGCUUACUCAGACAAGUCAGAAAGUCCGCUCAUCACCAGUGCUGUUACCAUCGAAAAAUUCAAGAAAUUCAGUACACGAAAGGAUGACUCAUCAUCUGAGAAUGAUAGCCCGCCACCAACGCACUGGAAGCCUGGUCAGAAACCCCUGAACACGCGACCGUCAUUUACAAGCCUAGGCAUCAUGAGCCAAGCACGUAAACAAAUAGAGCAGUCUGGGAGGGGUAGUAAACUAGUGAAGAGGGUAUCACCUCCACCCCAGCUUCACAAGAAAUCACCUUCACCGCCACCAACCACUCUUCCAUCCAAGAGUCCAAGAUCUGCAAAAGACGGUCGUUCGUCUGGGAGUGCUAGUGAGAAAAGAAACGAUCGUCCCAAGCCCAAAGAACCACCCACCAACCCGAUACUCUCCAGGAAACAUUCCCUAAGUCCUCUUCAUGGAAGUAAAGAUGCUGUCAUCGAGAGAUCCCCAUCUGGAAGUUCUUCUCCCAGUAGGAAAGAUGUAGCAUCUUCUUCACCAUCAUCCUCAUCAAGUUCAGACUCGGAAGAGGAUGAAAAGAUGUCUCCAGAGAGAGAAGAAGAGCAGAGGAAGAAAACCUCUAAACCUCCUGUCAAGGAGACUUUCAAGUGGAACCCACCUCUGGAAGAUGAUGAAGCUAGUCCUGUGAUAGACAGCGAAGAUGACAAAGAGCCACAGGGAUUCCGCAAGAAGAAGAAAGGCGAGACUGUGGAUGUGGGCAAGAAGCAGGAAAGGAUGAAUGACGAAAAGGUUGCACAGGGCGAAGGAUCAUUGAACGAGAGGCUGGAUAUCCUGUCGUCUCAUAAUCAAAAGAUCAAGCAGUUUUUCACCGAGGAUGAGAAGGAGGAGGAGAAAGAGAAAACAGAUAAAGACGUGGAACCGGAGGUGGCCAAACAACCAGAUCAGCCAGGCAGUGUUGUUGUAGAGAUCCAGUCUCCUAGCUCCUCUAGUUCCAGCAGCGGCUCUGGUAGCAGUUCUGGUGGUAGUGAUUCAGAAGAAGAUGUAGAAGAAGAUAAGAAAGGUGGUGUGAAAGAGAAUGGCGAUGUGGCAAGCAUGGAUGCACAGCAGGAGCAGUCUGGUGAGGAGGAUCGAAAAAUGGAAGAAGAAAAAGGACAAACGGUAUUCCCAAACCAACAAGUCAAGAUGACUUGGAAGAGUAAGAAGAACCCUGACAAACUAACUAACAAGAUGCCAAGCCCUGUCCUUGCAGAUCACAAGAAGUCUCUAUCACCUAGACCAAGAAGCCCGUCUAUCAACACAGAAGUCCAGCAUGACACUGGCAACCCAAAAAGGCCAGACAACAUUCCUCUUACCCCGCCCAGUAACCCUGUGACCCCACCCAUCAACCCUCUGACUCCGCCUACCAGCAUCCCAGCAGAGCCAAGCAAGGCCCCCAGCCCAACCGUCAAAUCAAGUACAGCAUCCAUCAUCACCCAGACUCAGCCCAUCAAACGUCAGACUCCCUCCAGCACCAAGCGUAUCCCAAAACGAAAUGGUGACCAUAGGAGGUACAGCAGAAGUAGAAGUAGAAGCAGAAGCAGCAGUUACAGUAGUAGAAGCAGCCGGGGAUCAAGAUCGGGACGGUCAAGGUCACAUUCAAGAUCCUGGAGUAGAUCACGUUCUAGCAGCAGAAGCAGGAGUCGAAGCUUUGAAGACAGUAGAUCCAGACGGAGACGAUCAAGGUCUUAUUCUAGAGAGAAAGCAAGGUCACCGAAACGACGGUUCUAUGGUCGCUAUUCCUCCUCGUAUUCAUCAUACUCCAGUAGGUCCAGGUCGCGUGAUCGCAGUCGUCGCUCUCGAAGUCCUUAUCGAAACACAUCCUACAGCCGAAGCAGAGAUAGACACAGGAGACGAAGUCGCAGCAGAUCUGUCACAAGGUCACGUUCAAGAUCAUCUUCUGGUUCAAGGUCACGCUCAAGGUCACCCUAUCAUAGGCAUUCUAGAGGACGACGUUCCAGGUCAAGGAGCAGAGGAAGAAGGUCAAGAGAUAGUAGCAGACACCAACCUUAUAAACGUACCAGAAGUCGUUCCCGUAGUCCACGUCGAAGGUACAGCAGGAGUCGAAGUCCUGUCAAGCGAAGAUACAAGUCUCGUUCACGAUCACGGUCCUUCGAUGACCGGGUUUACGGAAGGCGUCGCAGGUCACGAAGUAGAUCGUACAGUAGUCGCUAAUGGGUGAUGGUUUGAUUUUGGGUAAUAUGUAUCUGUUUUUCUGACAUAAUAAGCGAGUAUGAAAUAAAUUUUUUCAACUUAAGAAAAAAAAACAUUCGCUUUGUUUCCAUUGUCAACAAUCAUUAUUUCAGAAAGUGUAUUAGACUGGUCUUUAUUAAUGUUUUAUGGUUUGAUGUUUUAACUGAUAGAUGGAAGAAUGGCAGUACUGGGAGAUUUGGCUUUAAAAUGGUGAAUGUUAAACAUGUACAAUGUGAAGAUUUGUUGUAUUCUGUUAUCUCUUGCCCUGUAAGAAACUUUGACUUGUUAUUUUUACUAUAAAUUGAAUCAAAAAGAAUUUUUUUCUCAUUAUCCUUUCAGGAAUGGUCAUUUGUGUAGAAGCUUUUUUAAAAGAAUUUAGAUAA